CUGUGGUCAAUACUGUCAUACCUUCCCAUUCUUUUUCAUUAUUUUCACUGCCCUAAAAUUUGCGGCCCAAAUUUGCCAACGCAUACCAUUUUUUACAUUGUAAACUGUUAAAUUUUCGGGAAAAAGUGCUAAUAAUCAAAUAAAAUGCUGCCCAAACUGAAAAUAUCGGCAUUUCUAAUGAAGCGUCUAGAGCGGAUCAAGCAGCAAUGUAGUGGCUGCCUCUUCGGGGUACUCUAUGGAGAAGGCACAUUGCUACUUAUGGGAUUCAAUGUCGAGUCUACAAUUGGGCAUCUGAAUUAUGAACAAAUUCAAUUUAAGUUUCCUGCCGAACUGGAUUUGUGUGGGCUGGUGAAAUUUGGAGACUGCACUGAUGCAGAGGCGCACUUAACUGAAAUAUUAAAAGAUGUGGAUAUUACAGAUAAUCCAAUAUUAUUACAGUGCGAAUUGGGUACACUUGUAGGACUGCGAGCAUAUGUUUUUAUACACAGUAAGUUGGAGGAGGUGCCUUAUGAAGUGAUGGAAGCAGAACAGUUAUACCAUGACUUCUGCUUCACAAGACUUAAAUGCAGCCUUGAUUUUUACACACAACAAACUGUAGAGGCGGUACGACGUGAAAUGCAUGUGUUGCGUAAAAUGCUCUCAGGCGGAAGCUUAGCUUUUUGUAUAGAAUCCACUAAAGUUUAUCUGACUAGCUCAGGCGCCCAAGGUGAGCGAAUAACUAAUGAAUCGCUAAUAAACGAUUUGAUAAAUGCAGUAAGUAAGGUCAUUCGCAGUACUGUUGAAAAUCAUGGUGUAGAGGAAAAGGGUAACAAAAAGAAAGGGCACAGCUCGAGUGUACCGUUGGCAAGUGUCUUCGGAGCGUUGGGUUGCGCUUACGACAUAUUACGCAUUAAUGUGCUUCGUUGCAAAACACGCGAGCGUAUUGGUGGGAACGGCGAAGCGGUAAGCAAUGAAGCGCCACCGCCGGCGGUUUCUAUGUGUGUCAAACGUGAAGAAGACAAAGUGUGCAUGACAUUGGAAGUGGAAGCAAUGGCUAUGGUGUGUAAAACCACGAAAGUAAAUCGGCUGUACGACAUACUUAUCGAGAGUAUAUGUCGCUCUCUUCGAUUGUUCGAGCAAAGCAUGGUAGAGCGGUUGCAGCAGCCCACAGAAACAUCAGAGCUACUCAGACCUUCUGGUUAUCACUUCUUUCCUCAGGAAUUUGGUCACUUUUUAUCAUGCUCCUACUUGGACGGCGUGUCUGAUGAUGAAUCCACUGUACAAGAAAAACGCAAAAAACUACACCGUCAUUUUGGUUUACCCGUUAUACGUCCUUAUUUUCGACGUGCCAAUCGCUGUAUUUUCCUUAACGAGCUUGAUGCCACAACACCUUUGGUAAACACACAUGUGGGCUUGCGGCCAAGUGGCAUAAUCGACGGCAAGCAAUAUCUUGUACAGGGCAAUUACCACUACUAUCACUAUCUGCAACAGCAAAUCCAAGAUAAGGGUUGGGGCUGCGCAUACCGAUCAUUGCAGACGAUUUGUUCUUGGUUCCUGCUGCAGGGCUACACAGAAAAGCCGGUGCCAACACAUCGCGAAAUUCAACAAUAUUUAGUACGUAUAGGUGAUAAGCCACAUAAUUUCGUCGGUUCCUCACAAUGGAUAGGCUCUACAGAGGUUAGCAUGUGCCUUCAGGGAUUUCUAAACGUCGACUCCAGAAUACAACAUGUCACUUCCGGUGCCGAUGUCGCUACUCUUGCUUCCGAUUUGGCUAUGCAUUUCCAAACACAAGGUACACCGAUUAUGAUAGGUGGUGGUGUUUUGGCACACACCAUUAUCGGUAUCGAUUACUGUUCUCAGACAGGGAAAGUUAAGUUUCUGAUUUUGGAUCCUCAUUAUACGGGCGCCGAUGAAUUGCAUACGAUACAAGCGAAAGGUUGGUGUGGUUGGAAGGGCGGUGACUUUUGGGACAAGAAGAGCUACUACAAUCUCUGUAUGCCUCAGCGACCGAUCAUGUUCUAG